UGCUUUUUUCUCUGAGAGGAAGGAGAGUGUGGUGGGAGUCACUUCGGAGCCUGCGCUAUUCUUCCUCCCUUCCUACCGUCAUGGUGGCUCGUCCUCUAGCAGAGUCCUAAGGGGACUUGCAGCCUAACCACCGCUAUACGCAAAACUAAGGAGGGCCUCUUCUGAAGCCCCUUCCCUGGCUUCCCUAACUGAAACCAUCCCGACACCCCCUCCCCAAUAAGUGCUAGUCUCUUCCUCUCCCCGUUCCCCACAAAGUCUUAUGGUGAGGGGCAGCGCAGAUCAUGGUGAAGUUGGCUGCCAAAUGCAUCGUGGCAGUCCUUCACCAUAUUAUAAUCAUGUUUUCUAAACUGGCCCGUCCACAGUCGCUUGCUGUUCUUUGUCGAGGUGUCCAUGCUUCAGUGGGUUCAGCGACGUCAGUUGCAACGAAGAAAACAGUCCAAGGGCCACCAUCAUCUGACUACAUCUUUGAGCGUGAAGCCAAGUAUGGUGCACACAACUACCACCCACUCCCUGUUGCUCUUGAAAAAGGAAAAGGUGUUUAUGUGUGGGAUGUAGAAGGCAAAAAAUACUUCGACUUCUUAAGUGCUUACAGUGCUGUCAAUCAAGGCCAUUGUCAUCCAAAGAUUGUUGCUGCUCUGAAAUCCCAGUGUGACAAACUUACCCUUACCUCAAGAGCUUUUUACAAUGAUGUACUUGGUGAAUAUGAAGAGUAUAUCACUAAAAUGUUCAGAUACAACAAGGUGCUUCCAAUGAACACAGGUGUAGAGGCUGGAGAAACAGCAUGUAAGCUAGCUCGUAAAUGGGCGUAUACUGUGAAAGGAAUUCCCAAAUACAAAGCAAAGAUUAUUUUUGCAGCUGGCAACUUCUGGGGAAGAACACUGUCUGCUAUCUCAAGUUCUACAGAUCCUUCCAGUUAUGAUGGAUUUGGACCAUUUAUGCCAGGUUUUGAAGUAAUUCCAUACAAUGAUUUGCCAGCUCUUGAGCGUGCACUUCAGGAUCCAAAUGCAGCAGCUUUCAUGGUGGAACCGAUUCAAGGCGAAGCUGGUGUGGUUGUUCCUGAUAAAGGUUACCUCACAGGGGUGCGAGAGCUUUGCACAAAACAGAAUGUUCUCUUUAUCGCUGAUGAAAUUCAGACUGGGUUGGCUAGAACUGGGCAAAUGCUGGCUGUUGAUCAUGAAAAUGUUAGACCAGAUCUCAUCCUGCUUGGAAAGGCCCUGUCUGGAGGAGUUUAUCCUGUUUCAGCAGUGCUGUGCGAUGAUGAAGUCAUGCUCACCAUUAAACCUGGAGAACAUGGUUCUACGUAUGGAGGGAAUCCCUUGGCCUGCCGGGUGGCCAUCGCAGCACUUGAGGUAAUUGAAGAAGAAGAAUUAGUUAAGAAUACAGAAACCAUGGGGAACUUACUGAGAAAUGAGCUUAUGAAGACUCCUUCAGAUAUUGUGACUUGCGUCAGAGGAAAAGGAUUAUUAAAUGCUAUUGUUAUUCGUGAAACUAAAGGCUGUGAUGCCUGGAAAGUGUGCCUGCGACUCCGUGACAAUGGGCUUCUGGCCAAACCAACGCAUGGUGAUAUCAUCCGGCUGGCCCCCCCACUAGUCAUCAAGGAGGACGAGAUCAGAGAGUGCAUUGAAAUUAUCCACAAAACCAUUCUGUCUUUCUGAAGGCACAUUGUUCAAAGUCUGCCUUCAGCUUGAUUCCAGCAUGCUACUACAGAAGCAAUGUUUAGACCCCCCCUUAAGUUUACUAAUUUUCAUCCAAUCAUUCAUGUUGGGUGCAAAAACUCAAGCCUUCUAAAAUCAAAUAGUUUUAAACUUUUUUACAAUGUACCUAGAGAAAGCAAAUGACUAAUGGAUUUUGUUUAUUGUGACUUUGAAAAAUUUGUUAGGCUGCACUCUAUGAAUUAUGCAUUUGAACAUCUCCUCUUACAUUUCAGCCAAAGUAUAAAUUAUAUAAAUCUACUGUACUAAAUGCUAACAUUUUAAGAAGCUAUUUUUUAAAAAUGACCCUUUUUCUUUUGUCAUUUGGUGCUGUAUGGAGGACUGAAAUCUUACUGUUGGUGCUAACAUUGUAUCCUGAUGGGAAAUCCUUGCUUCAAAGGAUCAAGAAUGGUAGAACCUUUCACCUUUUUGAAAUGAGUAUCGGUUCAUAAAGGUGGAUCCAAUGAAA